ACGUGGCCGUCUCGGGGCUGCUGUUGCUGCCGCAGGCCUCCGGCGGGGGCCAGGAGGUUCGGGAAGGCACGGCGGGUCCCCGGGAAGGGGACGAGUUGACAGAUGUGCGUGAGGAGGUCCCUGGUCGGCCUCACCUUUUGUACCUGCUACCUGGCUUCUUACCUCACGAACAAGUAUGUCCUGUCUGUCUUGAAAUUUACCUACCCUACAUUAUUCCAAGGGUGGCAGACCCUCAUUGGUGGACUUUUGCUUCAUGUGUCCUGGAAACUGGGCUGGGUAGAGAUCAACAGCAGUUCAAGAUCUCAUGUUCUGGCGUGGCUUCCUGCUUCAGUGCUGUUUGUGGGUAUAAUCUAUGCUGGGUCCAGAGCCUUGUCCAGACUGGCCAUUCCUGUGUUUCUCACUUUGCAUAAUGUAGCUGAAGUUAUCAUCUGUGGGUACCAGAAGUGUUUUCGGAAAGAGAAAACAUCUCCUGCAAAGAUCUGUAGUGCCCUCUUCCUCCUGGCCGCAGCAGGAUGCCUUCCCUUCAAUGACUCCCAGUUUGAUCCAGAUGGAUAUUUUUGGGCUCUAAUUCACUUAUUCUGUUUAGGGGCUUAUAAAAUACUACAGAAGUUUCAGAAACCCAGUGCAUUAAGUGAUAUUGACCAGCAAUACUUAAACUAUAUAUUCAGUGUGGUGCUCCUGGCAUUUGCAUCUCAUCCCACAGGUGAUCUCUUCAGCGUCCUGGACUUCCCAUUCCUGUACUUCUACAGAUUCCAUGGCAGCUGCUGUGCCAGUGGAUUUUUGGGAUUCUUUCUCAUGUUCAGUACAGUGAAGCUAAAAAGCCUUCUGGCCCCAGGGCAGUGUGCAGCCUGGAUUUUCUUUGCUAAGGAUGGAAUGCUUGUUCAUACUGUCGAAGUGAAAGACGGUCAAAUCCUUCUCAGACAUGGUCUCAUGUAAGUCCUACAACCUGGAGUGCAUUGUGGGUACAGAAGUUGGGCAGGGAGUCAAGGACCCGGAGUGGGGGACAUUUUGUAAAAUUAGAAAAUGCUAGAACCCGAUGUCCUAAGUGUUUUAAAGCAGCAUAUAUGAGAUAAUGUAUGUGAAAUGGCUGGUGGUGGAAAAGUGCUCUGCAGACACAGAGCAUUAUGCAGAGUCAUACGGACCUAGACCAAGACUUAAUUUUGACCUAGCUUUGAGUCUUGUCUGCCACUAUUUAGGUGUGUGAAUCAUUUUUUCUCAUCUGUAAACAGUGUAAUAAUAAUGUCUAUGUUACUGAGAGGAUUAAAUAAUAUGUAGACAGCCCUAGAUUAAUGUUAGGUUGACAGGUCUUCCUUGACUUAACAAUCUGCUGUUUUAAUUCUCUCAUGAAAUUAAGCAGUGAUUUCCUGGGUCUGAAUUUACUAUUUGUAUUCACUAGUUCUAGGUAGUAAAUCUAGCUAUGGACUGUCUAUUCUGGACACUGCUCAGAAUUCAGCGUGCAUGAAGACAAGGUCUCUCACAGCAUAUUUAAUCAGUUAUUGUCUCACAAAAGAAGCAAUUGAUACACCAUUCACAAUGUUUUUAAACCUAUAUAAAGAGUCAUUGAUUCAGAAUAUUUGCUCUCCAUGUGAAAAUGUGGUGGUUUCCAUGGAGACCACCCUGCUGACUGUUCUGUGAUCACUCACUAGCCUUAAUUAUACACUGGAAUUGACAGAGAUCCUUCAAAGCUGUCUCCAUAACAACGCUUCCUUGUGGGUAACAUGACCACCAUCCCUGACCAUGUUUCCCAUAUAGGAGUUUCCCUCAAGAGGCAAGUCAGCUGGUAAAUUUCAGCCUCUUUGAUGUAUCCUUAGGAAGCUCUCUUAGCGGCCUAGGAAUUUUUCUGAGUUUCAACUACCUAUCUCUCCUGCUAUUUUUCCAGGUUUCAGGAGCUUGAGUGAAGGUAGUGGCAGGGUCUAACGUCUUUCUUCAGUGACAUAUUGACAUGUGUCUUGAUCUAUUGCCACAAUAUUGAACUAAGAAGGAGACUUGGUUAUGUUAGUGUAAACUAGAUAAAAUUAAACCUGUUUGAAAUAUACGAUGAACUCAUGAAAGUGUUGUCAACAGAUGUUAUUCAGGUUCCACAUUUAGAAUUUUAGAAUGUCUCCAAGACCUUUCGUAAAAUUCUCAAUGUUUCUGGUGGAAUUAAGAGAAAAAGAUGAAUUUCUUUUAAUGUGGAAUCACACAGAUUUCAUGACUUCUAAAUAACGUAGAUAUUUUUAACCCUUCACUAAUUUUUUGAGAUACAUUUGUAGGGAAGUUUCAAGACUUAACAUUGAAUCAUACCUUGAACUUCUGAGGAGGUGACAAGUAAACAAAUCUCUCAUAUUCUGUAAUCAUAGUUCUUAUAGGUUCAAUUUCUGUACUCUCUCUCUCUCUCUCUCUCUCUCUCUCUCUCGACUACAGGGGAAAGCCUGUAAUUAUGUUUACAAAGCUCAUCACACUUUGCUCUCACUAGCUCAAGUCUAUGCUGAACAGAGUUGAUUCUCUUCAUUUUUCUACUUUGUCUUCUAUUACUACUGUUGUUUCUUUCUUUCUUUCUUUUGAGAUGGAAUCUAGCUCUGUCACCAGGCUGGAGCACCGUGGC